UUUCCUUUUUGGGGUCUUAAAAUUUGUGUAGAUUUCCAUUAGAGAGAUUUUAAAAUAAUGGAAAACAUGAAGAACUAAAUAAAAUAAUAUUUCAUAACAAAACUAUUCCUAUCCACAUAACUGCCUAGUGCCUAACCCUGGUUUCAAAACUGGUUUUCAUAACGAUACCCUGUCUUAGUUUUGGGCUCAGGGGUAUUAAAAUUUUUUCUUUCCAGGGUGGCUUAGCACAUGUUGGGGCAUAAACACCAAUAGAAAUCAUAAUUUUAAUGAUUCAUGGAGGGUGAGGGGGGUUGAUAUAUCGCAGACCCCCCCCCCUCCCUCCUCUCCCACUGAGUACGCCUCCAAAGGGGUCCCCAUUUACUAAGAUUGAUAAUGAGAGCAAAGGAUAUAUUAAUAUCAGUUUUAAUUUUCAAUAUAAAAAAAUCUUUCAAAAACAAUUAUGGUUUUUUUAAACGGAGGAGGGCAACGUUCUAUUCAAACUUUAGGUAGGGUCCAAGAAUAAGCUACCCCCCCCCUCCCCCUUCCUUGUAGUGCCUGGAGGAAUGUUUAGUUAAAGGUGAAAGCCAAUUCACCCAAUGUGCAAACAUUACACAUAUAAAUUAUCUAUUUAUGAAUAAUUAUAAAAAUCAAUACUUUUUAUUGAAUUGCACUUAUGCUGUUUACAAACCCAGCUAGACCGUUGAGUUAUGAAGGCCUUUAAGGAUUUUUGUAAUGAAACUUCAUUACCUGGCUGGUCAAGACUUACAGGUUCAAAAAAGAAUGUCCCUUAUUGGGCGUUGGUAAUACUUGCUUUAACUGUAACAGGUCUGGCUUUAGCACACAAUAUGCUGUGUGACUACCUUCAGAGUGGGGUUGUUACCACUCUAAACUCAACCACUGGAAAUAUCUUAAAUGCUGAGUUCCCUGCGCUUCAUAUAUGCAACAGUUAUCAGAUAAGGAAAUCCUUUUUUGAAGGAGUUUUUAAUACAUCUUUUGACAACAUCAUGGAAAAUUCUACCCUGAAAGAAAUGUAUAAUGCUUUUGUCAAACAUUAUUUUACUGGAUACCCUGAACAUGAUGUAAAUUUUUACAAAGAAGCAGUUUCAGCUUUAAAUAGAAAUUAUUUGAAUACAACAAGCUUCAGGAAUAAGAAAGACAGCCUUUUAUGGAUUAGUUAAAUAUCUUUUUUCAUUAACCACUGGGUUAUAAACCACAAAUGUUACUUUAAUGAGAGAAUUUUCAGGAAAUCACAUAGUCUUCUUUCCAACAUAAAAAGAAUCCUUGUAACUGUAAAUAUG